AGCCUGUGGACCCCCGGCCACGCCUACCCUAUUUGAGCAGUGCCUGGGUCGGGGCAGCUGCGCCGUGCAGGGGAGUGUGUCACGCACCCGGCAGAUUGAUGGAGAAGCAGGUAUGGCGAUGGGGACACGGCUGUACGGCAACUACCGCUGGAAGCGCCACCGCUGCUCGGAGGGAACGCACGUGUGCCCCGUGUUCGACGUGCACUACCUGGGCGUCAUGCCGGCUAACGGAGAGGUCGGCAGGGGCGCCAUAGAGGAGCCUGUGGACAUGUUGUUCGAGGAGGGUGUUGGCCGCAAGCUCGAGCCCUUGACCGUGAGCGUGUGUAGCCACGGGGUGAAGCUGAAACAAGAGCGCGGGCCCUUCCAGCGGAGCAAGCAGGCAGUGUUCCCCAUCCACACUGUCACGUACGGGGCGUCUGACAGGAUCCACCCUAACGUGUUCGGCGUGGUGGUUCGGAACGCCCGGAUGGAGGGGCUGCUGCAGUGUCAUGCCUUCUUCUGUGACUCUCACGAGCUGGCCAGGGUCAUGACCUUCUGGCUGACGAUCGCGUCAAGGAAGCGUCGAGAC